GUGGCUCAAAUGGUCAAACCCAUCAUCCCCAAGGCGAUCAUCAAGAAGCGCACCAAGAAGUUCACGCGCCAUCGCUAUGAGCUUUUCCCGCAACUGAGCGCGAGCUGGCGUAAGCCUCGCGGUGAGGACUCCCCUGUUCGUCGCCGCUACAAGGGCCAGAAGGCGAUGCCCAACAAGGGUUAUGGAAGCGAUCGCAAGACCAAGUACAUCACCCCAUCGGGCUUCAAGAACUUCCCGAUCCGUAACGUGCAGGAUCUGUAUAUGCUCGUCAUGCAGAACCGCAAGUACGCCGGUGUGAUCGCGCACACUGUUGGUGCUCGUAGCCGCAAGGCCAUCGUGCGCAAGGCCCACGAGCUUGAUAUCCGCCUCAUCAACGGCAAUUCUAAGCUUCGCAAGCUGGAGUGCUAAUGGACGCCACAAUUUUGUUUACUUUAUUGUAAUUCAACUAAAUAAAUAAUAA